AUGGCGCCUAAGAAGAAGGGAAAUAAGAGACAGGAGGAAGACUGGGAAGCUGAGUUAGGGGAAUCUGCUCCUGCUCCGAACGAUGCACCGGCCGAAGCAAAUGGCGAUGCCGAAGCCAACGGCGGCGGCGACGACGAGAUGGGAGGAGGUCUUCUGGCUGCCCUGAAGAAGAACCGAUCAAAGAAGGCUAAAAAGGGCAAGGCGGUUCAAAACGACUUCGUCGACGGUGAAGAUCCUACACAGGUGGACGCAAACGGUGAUGCCGAAGUCGAUCUUGCCAGCAAAGCACCCCAGGAAGGCACUUUCGAUGACGAAGAUGAUGUUUUUUCUGGAAAGCCUAAGAAGGGCAAGCCUGCUCAGGCAGCUCCAAAGAUUGAGGCCAAGGAAGAAGCAGAAGAGGGUGGCAAAGUAAAGUCUAAAAAGGAAAAAGAGAAGGAGAAAAAGGAGCGUGAGAAGCAGAGGAAGAAGGAGCAGGCCGCAAAGAAAAAGGCCGCCGGACCCGCUGCGCCCUCUGCUCCUCCCAAGGCAGAACCAGCUGCUGAAGCCAAGGCUGAGCCAACUCCCGCUCCAGCUGCCAAAGCCGAGCCUGCAGGAAAGAAAAAGAAGGUACCUGCACACUUGGCUGCUAUCCAAAAACAACAAGAAGCCCUGAGGAAAGCCCAAGAGGAAGAAGAGCGCCGUAUAGCCGAGGAGCAAGCUGCAGAGGCUGAGCGCCUGCGCCGACUUGAAGAAGAAGAGAAGAAGAGAGAAGAAGCGCGCCAACGUAAAAAGGAGAAGGAGAAAGAGAAGAAAGAACAACUUAGAAAAGAGGGCAAACUUCUCACCAAGGCCCAGAAAGAGGCCAAAGAGCGUAAUGAGCUGCGCAUGAAACAAAUGUUGGCUGCCGGUGUAGGCCAUGUUGCUGGUCUGGAUGAAAAGAAAACCGAGCCAUCUGAAAAGAAGAAGACGGUUGUGACGAACCGCAAGAAGAAGGCCGCGAAGAAGGAUGAGGUGGACCUCGAGGCGGCUGCCGCCAGAGCGCAGGCACAGCGUGAAGCUGAAGAUGAGAAGCGUAGAAAGGAAGAAGAGGCAAAGGCUUUGGCAGAAGCGGAAGCUAGCGCUGCUGCUGCUAAAGAAGAAAGCGACGUGGAUGACUGGGAGGCAGCUGCUGACGCCGCAGAUGAUGUGAAGGACAGCUGGGACGCCGAGUCAGACGUGGAAGUACAAGACAACAAACAAGUCGCAAAAGAGCAAGAGUCUGCCAAGGUUAACGGAGCUGCUGCCGAAGAGGAUUCUGAGGAUGAGUCAGAGGAGGACAGUUCUUCAGAGGAAGAGGACGAAGAGUCCUCUGCCGCUCAGAAAGCCAUUGCCCAGAGGAAAGCAGAGGCCGCAGAGCGACGCAAAAAGCAGCAUGAAGAAGCUCUUGCUGCCCGAUCAAAAGAUAAUCUACGCUCUCCUAUUUGUUGUAUUCUGGGUCACGUCGAUACGGGAAAGACCAAACUUCUCGAUAAGAUUCGACAGACGAACGUUCAAGAGGGUGAAGCUGGAGGUAUUACUCAGCAGAUUGGUGCUACUUACUUCCCAGUUGAUGCCCUGAAGCAAAAGACUGCUGUCGUUAACGCGGAUGGGUCAUUUGAAUUUAAGAUCCCCGGUCUGCUCAUCAUUGAUACACCUGGUCAUGAGUCUUUCUCAAAUCUACGUUCAAGAGGUUCAUCUUUGUGUAACAUUGCUAUCUUGGUGGUGGAUAUUAUGCACGGGUUGGAACCACAGACUUUGGAAUCGAUGCGUCUCCUCCGAGACCGCCGUACACCUUUUAUUGUUGCAUUGAACAAGAUUGAUCGUCUCUACGGAUGGAAGAAGAUUGAUAACAAUGGCUUCCGGGAAAGUCUGGCCAUGCAAAACAAAGGUGUUGUUAAUGAAUUCAGGACACGUCUUGAACAAACCAAGCUCGCUUUUGCGGAGCAAGGAUUCAAUUCCGAGCUUUUCUAUGAGAAUAAGUCGAUGGCUCGCAAUGUUUCCCUUGUGCCUACGUCAGCGCAUACUGGUGAAGGUAUUCCUGAUAUGUUGAAGCUUUUGACUACACUCACUCAAGAGCGCAUGACAAACUCUCUCAUGUACCUUUCAGAAGUUGAAUGUACGGUCCUUGAGGUCAAGGUCAUUGAGGGUCUCGGUACAACCAUUGAUGUUGUUCUGUCAAACGGUAUUCUCCGAGAAGGUGAUCGAGUAGUGCUCUGUGGAUUGAACGGACCUAUAUCAACGAAUAUUCGAGCACUGUUAACGCCGGCACCACUCAAGGAACUUCGGUUGAAAUCGCAAUAUGUCCACAAUAAGGAAGUCAAGGCCGCUCUUGGUGUCAAGAUUGCUGCUAACGACUUGGAACAUGCUAUCGCUGGUUCCCGUCUACUUGUUGUCGGUCCUGAUGAUGAUGAAGAAGACUUGGAGGAAGAAGUUAUGUCUGAUCUUGAAAACUUGCUCAGCAAGGUAUCCAAGGACCAGCGCGGUGUUACUGUCCAAGCAUCAACCCUUGGUUCUCUUGAAGCCUUACUUGAGUUCCUCAAAGUUUCGAAAAUCCCCGUGUCUAACAUCUCUAUUGGACCUGUGUUCAAACGCGACGUUAUGCUAGCAGGAACAAUGCUAGAGAAAGGUCUCAAAGAAUUUGCGGUCAUGCUCUGCUUCGACGUUAAAGUUGACAAAGAAGCUCAGGCCUACGCAGAUGAAGUUGGAGUCAAGAUUUUCACCGCAGAUAUCAUUUACCAUCUGUUUGAUGACUUCACUAAGCACAUGGCAGAGCUAAGCGAACAGAGGAAGGAAGAAUCCAAGAUGCACGCAGUGUUUCCUUGCGUUCUUAAGACGGUCGCUGUGUUCAACAAGAAGGACCCCAUCGUCAUCGGUGUGGAUGUUAUUGAAGGCAGCUUGAAAUUGUUGACGCCUAUCGCAGCUGUCAAGACGAACGCAGCUGGACAGAAAGAAAUCGUUCAACUGGGAAGAGUUGCCUCCAUUGAACGCGAGCACAAAGCAAUCCAGGUUUGUAAGCGCGGCCAACCAUCAGUAGCCGUUAAGAUUGAAGGAGCAAACCAACCCAUGUAUGGACGACAAUUGGAAGAGAGCGAUACGCUUUACUCUGAGAUUUCACGAAAGAGUAUCGAUACACUAAAGGAAUUCUACAGACCAGAUGUCACGAUGGAGGAAUGGGGCUUGAUCAAGAAGAUGAAGCCACUUUUUGAUAUUCCAUGA